AUGAUAGAGCAGCCAGGUUCAUCAAGCGAAGAAAAACUACCAGUUAUUUCCACACCAACAAAGACGACUUCUUCAGACGCUGCUGUGGAACAAGCAACUACGUCUGCAGUAGAACAGCCUGGUACAUCAAGUACUAAUAUUCCAUUGCAGAGAACAUCACCUACUAUGUCGUCUUUAUAUGUUGAUGUGGAACGCACCUCAAUUUUCCCUUCAGUAUUGUAUUAUCCAUCUCCGUUUAAAAGAGCCCUGCGUUGCAUACACUCAGAUGAUAAAGCAGGACCUGGCAAAAAACGAAGGGAAGUACUACCAGCAGUUGUCACAUCUCCACAAAUGUUGGAAUAUUUUAAACACAAAGAAGGCAAUAAAAAAGGCGGAGCUUAA